UUCAAUAUCCUUGCUUAGCAUUGCCUUCAAAGUAAGAGAAGAGAGCAGAACCCAGAUUUUCCAGGAAUACUAACUACGAUGGCGACUCAAUUGCACAGUAUGCCUUCCAACUUCAGUGAACCCAGGACCAGCCAUGGGCUUGGAAACCAAGACUCUAGAGAUUCACAACUGCGACUUGUCUUAGUGGGUAAGACUGGGGCAGGAAAAAGUGCCACUGGGAACAGCAUCCUUGGAAAGAAAGCAUUUCAUUCAGGCAUUGCAGCAAAAUCUAUCACCAAGGUCUGUCAGAAAGGCAGCAGCACAUGGAAUGGGAGAGAAAUUGUCGUUGUGGACGCACCAGAUAUUUCUGACACUGAGGAAACAGCUGUUCACACCCAAAGUGAGAUUGCUAAUUGCAUCCUCCUGACUUCUCCUGGGCCUCACGCUGUGAUCCUGGUGGUCCCGCUGGGCUCAUACACAAAGGAAGAACAAAAGGCUGUGGAGAAGAUGCUAUCAAUGUUUGGAUCCAAAGCUAGGAGAUACAUGAUUCUCUUAUUCACCCAGAAAGAUGAAUUGGAAGGCAUGGACAUCCAUGAUUACUUAAAGGAAGCAACAAAAAGCCUUCAAGAUCUGAUGGAGCAGUUCAAGAAUCGUCAUUGUGAGUUUAACAAUAAGGCAACAGGGGAUGAACAGGAGGCUCAGAGGACACAGCUGCUGGACCUGGUCCAGUGCAUAGUGAUGGAGAACCAGGGAGGAUUCUACACGAAUAAGAAAUACGAAAGGGCUGAGGUGGAGAUUCAGAAACAGAUUCAAACUAUACAAGAACAAUGCAGAGCUGAUCUGGAGAGAGAAAAAAGGCAGUUAAGAGAGGAGUUUGAAGAGAAAAUCAGGAAGCUAGAGGAUAAAUGGGAGCAGGAAAAGACAAAGGCAGAAAUGGAGCGGGAACUGGAAAAAAGGGAGACUUCCUCUAUUUUAAGGCAACAAAAUGCCAGAGAAGAAGUUAAGAAUCAGAAAGGGAUACUUGACUUAAUCUUGGGAAGAUUGAGAGGAAUUUGGAGAGACAUCUCAUCUCUGUUCAAGGAAGAUUAGGCUAAUGAAAAUAUGUCUAUUGUUCCCAAGUAUUUUGGGGUGCCCCUCCGCCAUAUAACUCAUUCCCCCAAGUCAGAGCUCUGUUUCUGUAUUCCAGGUUCUCAGAACUAGUGAGUGUAGUACUAGUAAGUUCAUUGUUGGCAAUUGGUAGACUUUUGCUUGAUUUAAAAGAGGAGAGACACAUUCUCAAUUUCUAAAACUCCGAAGCAGAAAACAUAA